UGAGAAGGGGGCGUGUAGUAGAAACAAUCGGAGGUGCAAAUAAGAACCAUAUAACAGAUUAUUUGGCCGGCAUGGAUGGCCCAAAUCUUGUUCAACAACGUGCUCGUGCUUUGCUUCCUCUAUCUCCCUAGCCGAAUAUGAACUAGUUACUUCGUUUUCGUCAGUGUUCAGUGAAACAGAACUGUUACCACCGUUCACGAUUAGCAUUGGCUUGAAACGCUGUUUGUGAUACAUACACUCCUGGAACGUCGCUGCUGAUUCGUGAUUGUUUUCUUCUUUCUAAUUUGUGUCCGAAGCAUCUUUAUUGUCGAGGCAAUGAGUCUGGAUAAGAAUCCUUGUGUAUUUUUUGAUGUAUCAGUUGAUGGGGAUCCUGUUGAAAGAAUUGUUAUUGAGCUUUUUUCUAGCGUAGUUCCUAAGACGGCCGAGAAUUUUCGAGCUCUUUGUACAGGUGAAAAGGGGAUUGGCGAAGCAACUGGGAAACCCUUGCAUUAUAAAGGAACAUCUUUUCAUCGUAUAAUUAAAGGAUUUAUGGCUCAAGGUGGUGAUUUUUCAAGGGGCAAUGGCACCGGUGGAGAAAGUAUAUAUGGAGGAAAGUUUGCAGAUGAAAAUUUCAAACUAAAACAUGAUGGACCUGGUGUCCUUUCUAUGGCUAAUAGCGGGCCUAACACCAAUGGAUCUCAGUUUUUUAUUAUAUUCAAGCGCCAGGCUCAUCUUGAUGGGAAACAUGUUGUUUUUGGAAAAGUUACCAAGGGAAUAGAGAUUCUGAAGAAAAUGGAGCAGUUGGGAACGGCGGAUGGGAAACCUACCCAGCCAAUUAAAAUUGUUGAUUGUGGUGAAGUCUCUAAAGCAAAAAGCCAGUAUGCAGUUGAGAAGGAGAAAGAGAAAAGGAAAAAGUCAAUAAAAUCCUUAACUUCUGAUGAUAGUUCUGAUGCUGACAAAAAAUUAAGUAGAAAACGAAAAACAUCUUCCAAAGACAGGAGGAAGAGAAGGAGGAAAUACUCAUCAUCUGAUAGUGAUAGUGACAGUGAUAGUUAUUCCUCGGAUUCUGAAUCAGAUUCAUCGUACUCUGAUUCAAGUUCUUCCAGUUAUGAGAAGCACAAGAAGAGGAAGAGAAGUAAACGCAGGCAUGGGAAGAAGAAAAGUAUUGGACGGAAGCAGAGAAGCAAGCACAGUCGUAGAAGAUCAAGACACAAGUCCAAAAGGAGUUCUGAAGGUUCAAGUGAUACAGAAAGCGACAGUUCUAGUGCCAGUGAUAAGAAAUCUGGUCAUAAGAAACAAGCUGACGACAAAGCUGAAAAAGUUCUAGACAUAGGAGAUAAGUCUUCUAUUCUUCCUGUACAAAGUCCAACCAGUCCAGAACUAGAGGUGGAUCCCAAGGUUAAAACGACAGUAGAUAAGCAAUCACAUGAAGAAGGUGAGUUGUCUCCAGAAAAUGGUGAAUUUCUGAAUAAUGGGCAUGAUACUCAAGCUGAAUUUAGUAAACCUGCUAAUCAACGAGCUUAUUCAGAUGAUUCAAAUCACAACAGAGAUGCGAGUCCUGGAAGAGGUCCUGCUAGGAGUCCUACCAAGAAUUCUGGGGAGCUUAACCAAGGACGUGCUCUAUUGGCUAGUCCUGACCAUAAAGCAUCUGAACCUGCUGCCUCCAAACAUGGCCGGGGCAUUUCAAAAAGCCCUUCGCCAAAUGGUAUGCCAAAGCGCGUUAAAAAAGGUCGAGGCUUUACUGAGCGUUUUGCCUUUGCACGCAGAUAUCGCACUCCAUCUCCAGAGCGGUCUCCUCGUGCAUAUCGUUAUGGGGAUAGAAAUGUUAGAAGGAACUUUGAUAGAAAUACAAGCUACAGAAAUUAUUCUGAGCGCUCACCACCGCGACGUUUUCGAAGCCCACCAAAGGGCAGCCGUCCCAGAUACCAAAGCAGAAGAAGUCGUAGUAGGAGCAUCUCCCGCAGUCCAGUACGAGGCCGUUAUAGAGACAAUGGUCGUGGCCGAAGUCCAAUACGCAGUGUUAGCCCAGAAGGCAGGCGACCUCCCAUAAGUGACAGAUUAAAAUCCCGACUUGGUGCACGAGACAGUCAACAAUCUCCAAACAGAAAGAGGUCAAAGUCAAACUCAAGGAGCAAUGGCUCUUCUCGUUCCAGAUCCCCUGACGCUACACCCCCAAAGCGUUAUAAUAAAAGGACCUCUGUAUCUCGUAGCAGGUCUAGAUCGAGCUCUGCAUCCGGGCAAAAAGGUUUGGUUUCCUAUGGAGAUGGUAGUCCAGGUUCUGGGUCUAGGUAGGUAUUAUGCUGACUGCAUAGCAGCUCUCAAGUCCAAACAGUAGCCGACAUUGCUAAACAUUCUUAUAGCAAGUCUCAGCCAAAGACCUCAGAGCUAUGUGGGGCGCUGCUUGGCUGCUUACAUUGUCUCAUGUCUUUAGUGGACUCUGAUGUUAUGCCUGAAGCCAGAGGCAGUUGAAGAUUGUGCGUUAGCUUAAAAACAAGCCUUUGCUGGUUUGAGAAAGGUCAUUAGUGCCAAAAACUUGAAUGGGUACGUCUUAUAAAUUAGAUCCAGUAGGAUUUAUUGACUUCAACUGUCAUGUUUGUUGUUAUUUUUUCCUGAAAUAAUUUUAUUAACAGUGUUGUCUCUUGAGAAAGUAAUCCUUUCUAAAAGUAUAGGACCUGAACUAAAUUUGAUGAUCUGAAUAUUCAUUCCAAAUCAA